GCUUGGACAAUUACUAUAACGGUGACUAGUGCAUUUUACUACAGCGUGCAAUAUUUACUAACCGGGAGAAAUUCAGUGGCAAACAAAAUGACGAAUAUAGUCUGGAUUUUUGUACUCGCAGCUUACUUGCAGUUUGUAUUUGGUUUGCCAACUACGCAAACUCGCAGUGGCUUCAAGGACAACAGCAGCACGGAGCUGAAUGCACUGACACCGGCGAAAAACACUCUUAAGCCCACGGCUUUGACUUUGGAAGAGCAAAACGCAAUAACGCGCGAACGCAAACGACUUUCGGCUAUGAUAGCCGAAGGCGACAAGAAACACAAUCAAUUUCUAUUGAAAGGUAGCAAUAAAAUAACCAAAGAAAUACUUGCCGAUCCUGCAAUCAAUAGUAUAGACAGCGUAGAUGGUAAGAAGGAAAAGGCAGUGCUCGAACAAUUUGUACGGGAUUCCGACGAUAUCAUUAACGAUACGGAUAAGAAAUGCGUUAUGAGUGUGCUUAAAGACUUUUACACGUUUACGAACGAACACUUUUUCAGCAAAAAUAAUCUUACGAAUGUGGAUGAUAUUUGGUUCAAAGCUUUGAAGGCACAUGGUAUGGAUCAGUUCGACGCUGACGAAGCGAAAUUAUUGAACGAAAUCGGUUACCAUUACGCCGAUGAGUUUGAGAAGUAUUUGAAGUCGCUUUCGCCAGCUGGUCGCGAGAAAGAAAAGGAUUUAGUGUAUGUCCAGGAGACUUAUUUGGAAAAUAAAGAUAUUAUGGAUAAGGCGAAUUAUGGAUUUCGUUACAUGAAUUUUUUUAACGAACAAAAACCAGAUGAGGAAUUUAUAGUGAACCGUAAAGGUAGCGUGGAUAUGUAAAUUCAAUUUUAUUUUAAUUUAUUUCUAUUAUGAAUGACAUGGUAAAAAUUAAUUUAAAUUUAAAUUAAUUUAUAAUGAAAAUUAAUUUUUUUACGCAGUUCAGUUUUCGCCACCAGUGUAAUUUUACAAUGUAUGUUAUAACGUCCAAUUGUGUUAUAUUUUUGGUUUCUUAUCACUGAAUGAACUGAAGACACGUACUAUUAUACAUAUAUACAUAUAUAUAUAUUAUACACUACACAUAGCUUACAACAUAAAUAAAUAUGUGCAUAUAUAUACACUAACAACUAAGUGUGCUUACAGCCGUUAAUUAGAUAACAA